AUCUCGGCUACCUAUUUCCUUCAGUUAAACACACUGUUGAAAUAUUUUACAGGGAUUCUGCUAAGCUGGAAAAGGUGCCAAGUUCUGAUGCCAAGUCAGUUCCUCCAAUAAGCCAUGAGUCAAAGAUAUAGGGGAGGAGAAUAAAAAAAGGCUGACAGAUUGCCACAGCUGCACUUACAAGAGACAAAGCAGAUCUUCGGUGCUUGUUAGCCACGAAACCAAAAUGGACUUUUGGAAGAUUCUGUUGCUACUGAUGCACUGCAGGAAUGUAAUUGGAACUUCAGGUUUCUUCUGGCAUAUCUCAGACCUUCAUCUUGACCCAGAGUACCAAAAGUCCACAGAUCCCUUGAAGGUGUGUCCAUCGGCUGGCACGCAGCCAGUGAUCAGUGCAGGAACCUGGGGGGAUUACUUGUGUGACGCUCCCUGGAUUCUUAUCAAUUCUUCUAUUUAUGCCAUGAAGAAGAUUCUUCCUGAACCAGACUUCAUUCUUUGGACUGGUGAUGAUACUCCUCAUGUGCCAGAUGAAAAGCUGGGAGAAAAAAUCGUGUUGGAAAUAAUAGAAAAGCUAACUAAGUUGAUCCGAGAUGUCUUUCCAGAUACUCAGGUCUAUCCAGCAAUGGGCAACCAUGACUUCCACCCCAAAAAUCAGUUUCCAGCUGAGGAGAACAAGAUCUACACUGUAACAGCAGACCUAUGGCAGCCGUGGCUUGAUGAGGCCUCCAUACAAACGUUCAGAACAGGUGCUUUCUACACUCAGUCGCUGCCUGGUGUUGGACCAAAGAGGCGAAUAAUUGUCCUCAACACCAACCUGUACUAUGAUAAGAAUAAUCGGUCCAUGAGUCUGGAGGAUCCAGGAGACCAAUUCCAGUGGCUGCAAACUCUGUUGACCAAGGCAUCAGAAACAGGAGAAAAGGUCUAUAUUAUUGGGCAUGUUCCUCCUGGCAUCUUUGAAAAGAAACGAGGCAAAUCCUGGUUCCGAAAACACUUCAAUCAAAGAUAUACAGAAAUCAUUCAGAAACAUCAUGCUGUAAUUGCCGCACAAUUUUUUGGGCAUCACCAUACGGAUAGUUUUAGAAUGUUCUAUGAUAACAAAGAUUUUCCGAUCAAUGUCAUAUUUUUAGCUCCAGCAAUUACACCUUGGAAGACAAGCUUGCCAGGUGUGCAGAAUGGAGCCAACAACCCUGGCAUCCGUGUUUUUAAAUACGACCGUGGCACUCUGCUUGUGAAGGAUAUCAUAACUUAUUAUUUAAACCUCACCCACGCUAACAUGGGUACUCCCGAGUGGAAGAAAGAAUACAGCCUGACAGAGGCAUACGAGAUCAUGGAUGGUUCUGUUCGCUCCAUGCAUCUGCUCCUGGAGAAGCUUAUGAGAGAUGAAGGCCAGCUCCAGAAGUACUACCGGUAUAAUUCUGUGCAGUACGACAACACAUUCUGCAAUGACAGCUGCCAAACAGAUCACAUCUGUGCUAUCAGAGAAGUUGACUUUGAAAAAUACAAUCAGUGUGUUAUAGCCAGAAGUGCUGCAGCUGCAAUUCCAAUUCUGGACAUUUUCUUACUUUGCCCUACAAUGGGUCUCCUUACUUUAGGCCUCUUGGACAUCUUGAGCAAGCUGGGCCACAAAUAGCACCACGCAGAUUCCACAGGAGCAAAGAAGAAACGCAGAAUGUAGUGACCGUCACAGGGGGCAGCAUCCUAAGAAUUUUAGACUAUCCAUUUCUGAUGAAUUUUGGAACUGCAAACUCAUCUGAACUUCAUCAUCAUCAUAUCAAAAUUAGUAUUUUUCUUGCAUUGGGAUGGUGCAAGGUUUCCCUUGGAAAAACAAACAAACACAUGCUUAGGUGGCAAAGCUUCUAAUCUAAGAGUAUCAUUGCUAUGACUUCAAGAGUUAGGGAUUGGGACGUUAUGCUGCAGUGGCAUAAGAGGGUAUUUCAAACUGAUGUUCGUGAAAGAGGACAGGUUCUGAUGGAAUGUCCCAGAGCGUGGACUCCUAGUUGACUGCCUGCACCACGGCGGGGGAGGGGGGCAUUUUUCGCCCUCCCCAGGCUCUAGGGGCUUUCCUCAAGCCUCCGGGAGGGCGAAAACAGCUUGCUCCGGAGGCUGGAAACAGGCCCAUUUCCAGACUUCCAGAACUUCUGGUUUUUGCCCUCCCAGACCCUCUGCGCAGCCCCUGCACUUACCUGGAAUGGUGAAUGGGCCACGUGGAGACUCCUGGGAGGGGAGAGUUGGGCGUGGCCAGCCAAGGGUGGUAUUUGGGGGUUCACCAAACCCUAGUGAUCCUUGGCUAGAGGAUUGCCCCGAACCCCCGGGAACCCACCCCUGGCUGAUACCAAUUUUACAUCUCCACUCCAGGCUGAGUAAAUGACAUUUUGGAAAUUCUUGAUUUGAUACCCAAACACUAUAAAGAACUGGAUUCAGUAAAAUAGGGUCAACUGAAAACUCAGUGGAGUUAUCAUUUAUGCCAAUGUCUUCAGUUGCACAAGAUGUGUAGAAAAAUGAAUAUGCGUAAACCAACACAAUAGUUUGAUUGGAAAUCUUCUGCUGAGGGCACCAUGGAAUCACAGAUUCAGUAAAUUUACAAAAGAUUGUUUAAUUGUUUGGGUUUUUACUGCCCUAAAUUGAGAUUAAGGGGAAAUUUUUCUUAUAUGAAACCUUGUUAACUUUUAGGAAGGAAGUGCCUGCUCUUCCAGAAAGUUUUCGUUGAGAAGCCCACUUAGAUAGACAGCAGCUCUGCAAUAUGGUUGGUUUUAGCUUGUAGACUGUUAUAUUUUUAGAACUGUAAGCCACCUGUGAGCAGUAGUGGGCUGCUAACAAUUCGGACCGGUUCGGACGAACCGGUAGUUCUGACGAUCAGCUGGCCACACCCUCCCACCCCUGCUCUAUUCUGUCCUAUAUUUCCUUCUUUCUGGCUCAGCUGAUUUUCGCGCCUCUGCUGUUCUAUUUACUGGGGCUGCCUUAGAAGGUAAGCAGCUGAAUUUCAAAUUGCUAUAUUUUUGAAUGCUGCGUGGAAGUGCAUUAGGCGUGCACGUGUGAAGCCCAUGCGUGCGCGCAAAGCAUGCGCUCACAGAACCAGUUGUUAAACCGGUUGCAGCCCAUCACUGCCUGUGACCCAAGCAGUAGGUAACAUUCAAAAGUCCGCAUUAGCAAAUAGAUAAACGAGGUUGGGUUGGUUUGCUUUUGAUUUAGUUCAAUGCAGUGGGUGUGAGCCCACGAUAGUUAACGAACUACAAUGAAAAAAGGUAUUUUUAAGUGCACUGCGUGAGUCCCAGCACAUGACUCAUGAUUUUUAAUGCCUCAGUUCUUUGUUUCAUUUCCUAUUUUAUCCCAUGUCUACAAUCCCAUAAAAAGCAAUAAGGGAAGACUUGCAAUGUUUUAUGACACAGAAUUUCACCUCAAUAGAAAGGCAGGCCUUGUACAGAGAAUAGAAUAGAAUAGAAUAGAAUAGAAUAGAAUAGAAUAGAAUAGAAUAGAAUAGAAUAGAAUAGAAUAGAAUAGAAUAGAGUAACAGAGUUGGAAGGGACCUUGGAGGUCUUCUAGUCCAACCCCCUGCUUAGGCCCAUGGUUCAAUUUGGAAUUCAAUUCCGGGUCUCUUAUUUUUCUUUAUAGUGGCUGGAGCAGACUUUUAACUUCAGCAAUUUGACACACACAGAAAAAUAUGAGGUUUAUUGACUUAAUAGAACUUAAAUGGGUUAGGGUAAAUAAUAAAGACGUUAAUAUUCUACAUGGAAUAAAGGAACCGUGGCUCCCAUGUAACACCACUCCUGCGCAGGUUGCACUGGCUACCUGUGGUCUUUCGGGUGCACUUUAAGGUUUUGGUUACUACCUUUAAAGCGCUCCAUGGCUUAGGGCCUGGGUGCUUACGGGACCGCCUUCUGUUACCUCACGCCUCCCACCGACCCAUACACUCACACAGAGAGGGACUUCUCAGGGUGCCGUCCGCCAAGCAAUGUCGGCUGGCGGCCCCCAGGGGAAGAUCCUUCUCUGUGGGGCUCCUACUCUCUGGAACGAACUUCCCCACGGCUUGCGCCAAUUGCCUGACCUUUGGACCUUUCGCCGCGAACUGAAAACAUAUUUAUUUACUCGCGCGGGGCUGGCUUAAAUUCUAAAUUUUUAGAAGAAUUUUAAGGCUUCUUAGAUUUUAAAUGUUUUUAAAUUUCGGCCAAUUAUAUAAUAAGUUUUUAAAUUUGGUUUUAAUUGUACAUUGCUGUUGUUU